GGCGACUUCCGGUGUGAGGCCCGGCCAGGCCCCUGGGCCGGCGGCCGCCAUGAACUGGCGGGAGGCGCUGAGGCGGCGGGUGGCGCCCGCCGGCAUCGCCCCGGAGCCCAAGAAAAGUGAACAGGAACGAAAAGAUGAAGAAAUGGAUUUGUUCACCAUGUAUUUCACAGAGUGGAAAGGAGGUAGAAAGAAUAUGAAUGCAUUCUACAAGGUUAUUCCCCGUUUUUACUAUAGGUUGCCGGCCGAGGAUGAAAUCCUGUUGCAAAAAUUAAGAGAAGAAUCUAGAGCUGUCUUUCUGCAAAGGAAAAGCAGAGAACUGCUGGAUAAUGAAGAAUUACAGAACUUAUGGUUUCUGCUGGACAAACAUCAAACACCCCCUAUGAUUGGGGAGGAAGCGAUGAUCAAUUAUGAAAACUUCCUGAAGGUUGGUGAGAAAGCCGGACCCAAGUGCAGGCAGUUCUUCACAGCUAAGGUCUUUGCUAAACUCCUUCACGUCGAUCGCUAUGGAAGGGUUUCUAUCAUGCAGUUCUUUAAUUAUGUUAUGAGAAAAGUGUGGCUCCAUCAGACAAGAAUUGGACUGAGUUUGUAUGAUGUGGCUGGACAAGGUUACCUACGGGAAUCGGAUUUAGAAAACUACAUUUUGGAACUUAUACCAACUCUACCCCAGUUGGAUGGACUAGAGAAAUCCUUUUACUCUUUCUACGUCUGCACCGCAGUUAGAAAGUUCUUCUUCUUUUUAGACCCUCUCAGAACAGGGAAGAUAAAAAUACAGGAUAUUUUGGCGUGUAGUUUCCUAGAUGACUUAUUGGAGUUAAGGGAUGAAGAACUCUCCAAAGAAAGUCAAGAGACAAAUUGGUUUUCUGCUCCAUCUGCCCUGAGGGUUUAUGGCCAAUACCUCAAUCUCGACAAGGACCAUAACGGCAUGUUGAGCAAGGAGGAACUCUCCCGCUACGGAACGGCAACUAUGACCAACGUCUUUUUGGAUCGGGUCUUCCAGGAGUGUCUUACCUAUGAUGGAGAAAUGGAUUACAAAACCUACUUGGACUUUGUGCUGGCCUUAGAAAAUCGCAAGGAACCUGCAGCUCUGCAAUACAUUUUUAAACUGCUCGACAUAGAGAACAAAGGCUUCCUGAAUGUCUUUUCCCUUAAUUAUUUCUUCCGGGCUAUCCAGGAACUAAUGAAACUCCACGGACAAGACCCCGUUUCAUUUCAGGAUGUCAAGGAUGAAAUCUUUGACAUGGUGAAACCCAAGGAUCCUUUGAAAAUAACCCUUCAGGAUCUAAUCAACAGCAAUCAGGGUGACACGGUCACCGCCAUUCUAAUCGAUCUGAAUGGCUUCUGGACCUAUGAGAACAGAGAGGCCCUCGUAGCCAACGAUAAUGACAGCGCGGCGGACCUUGAAGACACAUGACCUCCAACAGCCUCAGCCGCGAAUGCUGAUCUAAGCCCUUUGAAGCCGAGACCUUAGUUGAGGUCCAAACACCUGGAAUUUGUGUUCGUCCACGGCACUCAGUGGGACCUCUAAGUGGGCACCGUUGAAAACUCGACAUAGAAAUAGGACUUGUCAGGAGGUUAAAGAAACGGACUUUAAGGCCGGCAGACCCUGAACAGCUGAUUGAAAAACGGGCACACUGGCCACGGCCAGGCAGGCGGUAACAUUUUUAAAGCAGAGCUGUUUCUUUGGGAAGGAUGAAUGGUUGAGGCAAAGGUUGUGUUGUUUUAUAAACCACUGUUUUAUAAAGUACGCACAUUGUGAAAUUUGA